AUGCCGAGCCCCGCUCCGAGUCCCUGUGCGGGGAUGCACACGGAGAGGGCGUCCACCGGCACGUCCCGGCCUCGCAGGCGCAGACGCCAGAAGGCCCGGCAGAGUGAAUUUUGCUUUAAUGUUGGGGGAAAUGUGAUGUCAGGUACCAGUCCGCGGGAGAUGCCGAGCCCCGCUCCGAGUCCCUGUGCGGGGAUGCACACGGAGAGGGCGUCCACCGGCACGUCCCGGCCUCGCAGGCGCAGACGCCAGAAGGCCCGGCAGGUCACGCCCCGCGCGCCGUUACGUUAUCACGUUAAUACGGCCCGGGCCUGGCCAAUUAAGCAGCCGAAGCUUCAGAACCUGGAAGAGGACCAGAAGAAGACAGAAGUGCCAAUGACUGUGGAGAGCAGUUUUGGAGGGGAUUACUUCUGUAGAAAUGACAAGAGCCUUGUGCUCAAGGGCUAUUUCACAAUCACCAAACAGGUGAAUGGGACUAUCCUUGGAAUGGAGGAGAAGGCAGGCUGCGGGGACUGGUCUAGGAGCGAGCCGGCUCUGUGUUUCAGGAAAAGGAUGAUUUUCGGACAGAUGCUAGGUAAUUAUGGUGGAUCCAGACUGGAUGUCACAGACGCACCUCGCUGCUCUCACUCCGUCUGCCUCAGCGUGUCUUCCGGGUCCAGCAGCGUCCCGUGUCAGCAGCCGCUGGAUUACAAGAAACUGAUGCCAAGUCAGAUUUUGGUGUUCAAACUAUUAACAAAUGACAGCAAUACAAACUGCACAGACAUCAUGAGGUCAAAAAACAUAGGUUUGGACGUUUUCUUGUUGACCCUUAACAUACUGGUGAUGGUUUUCGGCAUGGUAUUUAACUCCUUGGCCGUCUGGGUUUUCUGCUUUAAGAUGAAAAAGUGGACAGAGACAAGAGUCUUCAUGAUGAGCCUCCUUCUUAGUGACUGCUGUCUGCUUUUUACACUGCCCUUUCGCAUCUACAGCAUCCAGAACGCAUGGAAUCUGGGGGAAGAUUUCUGCAAUGCACUCCAGUCAUUUUAUUAUAUGAACAUAUAUAUAGGCAUUUUUACCAUCACACUGAUAUCUGUGGACAGAUAUGUGGCCAUAAAGUUUCCUCUUAGAGCAAGAUCUUUUCGUUCUUCCAAGAAGGCAGCCAUGGCUUGUGUGAUGGUCUGGCUCCUCUUCCUUGCUGUACGCCUCUACCUUGACCUUUUUGCAAACACGAGCGUCAGAGAUCCUUCCUUUUGCUUCAGAAAAGUCAACACCAAACCCUUAAAGAGAACAUUGUACCUUUCUGUUCUGGGUUUUUGUGUUCCGAUGAUAAUAUUAGUUUUCUGUUCAAUGCAAAUUAUCCUCACCCUGAAGAGGAAGGAGAAAGUUAACGUUCAAGAAGAGAAAGACAUUAAGAAAACCAUCAGCAUUGUAACCACAAAUAUGGUCAUUUUCUUGCUUUGUUUUUUGCCUUUUGGCUGUGGAAAUAUCAUACGGUAUAUAAUGGAAUCCAUGAAACUGGAAUGCUCAUUGUUAAGAAUUGUAAACGACUUUGCUCAUUUUACUCAUGGCCUGAGUAAUCUAAACUGCUGCUUGGACAGUGUCUGCUAUUACUUUGUGGCCAAAGAAUUCUGGGAAAAAGCAUCUUUAUUUCAAAGGUCAACAAAACAACUGAUACAGGACCAGACCCAAGAGUCCAGCAUCUAGAAAAGAAAUU